GGGCGGCUGAAGCGAAGCCGGAAGAGAGGCGGAGGCGCGUGGGCCGCGCACGCGCCGCCAUGGCAGCCAGCGACUGGGACCGGCGAGCGCUGCCCGUCUGCGUCGGGGCGGUGUUGGCGACCGCGCUGGUCGCGGAGGUGCUGGUGGUGCUGCUGCGAUUCCCUCCGCCCGGACAGCCGUUCCCGUUCUGGCCCAUCGCCUCGCUGCUUUUCCUGCUGACGAGCGCCCUGGAGAGCUCGCGCCGCUUCAUCAUGGCUUCGCCCAGCACGCGCGGCGUCAUGCUGGCGGGGGCGGGGCAAGGAUGGGAUUACUGCUAUGCCUGCCAGACCCACGUGCCACCCCGCUGCAACCACUGCUUUACCUGCAACGUUUGCGUCCUGCGACGAGAUCACCAUUGCCUGCUGCUCGGCCAGUGUUUGGGCUAUCAGAACUACCGUUACUUCCUCUGCCUGCUGCUAUAUGGGUCGGUCGCCUUGCUGUACGGCAGCUUGCUCAACGCUAAUGUGGUUUGGAUGCUACUAGAGGAAGGUGGUCUUGCCCACACAAUCCUCCUGCUGACGCUGCCUUGGCUGAUGCUCUUGAUGGGGCAAGUCAGUUUCGUGACCUUUGUCUACGCUUUUGUGACCGACAUCUGUGUUGUGGGCUUCUUAUUCUGCAUCAGUUUCCUGCUGUUCCACAGCUUGCUGGCCCUGCGCGGACAGACCACCAAAGAAUGGUUUGAAGGAAAUCGCCAAUACCACCUGGGCUGGCGAAACAACCUUCGACAAAUCAUGGGAAACCACUGGCUGCUGGCCUUCCUCACACCUUUCAUCACUUCCCAUUUGCCAGGAGAUGGAAUCAAUUUCCAAACCAGCUUUCCGAAAACAGAAGUGCUCUCCAGAUCACACAGCAGUUAAAGGUUUUCCCCAUCUGUAGUUAUGAGGAAAGAUGAAUUCUACUUCCUUUCAACGAUGGCUUUCUUCGCUCAAAAGCAGACAACUUGGGCGAAAAUUCUGACGGUUUUGUCUUACAUCAUUGAAAGCGGAAGCAGUUUGAUCUUGGAACGGUGGUGACCGAUUGCUUCCCCCACGUUUUCCCCUGGGAAGGGGGCUUGCAGUGCUUUCGUUUCAGUGAUCUGGAAAGAAGGAAAUUGCUAAUGGGGGCAAGAGAGGGGGACACUCGUGCUUGGCUAAACUGGUCUAAAUGCAAUGGUUAAUAUGGAACCAUCUUUCCCUUGGUCCAAAGUAUAUUAUUUAUAUAUGUGUCUGUGUAUUUUUUUUUUCUCGCCCUUAUAUCCACUGCUCUGAAAAUUUGCACAUCCCUUCUUUCCCCAGCUUGGGAAAAAUGUGAAGCUAAGGGCCAAAAGAAAAACACUGUCUAGAAAUGGAUUCAGGGACCAAAAUCCAAGUUUAUAAUGCUUUGCAUCUCAGUUGUUUUCUCCCCUUGCAGCAAUUGUGAGAUUGUUUUUUUUUUCCCCCUGAGCCCUAAGAUCAUGCAGAA